GACAAAGAGUUGUCGGCCUUAAACCACUUUUUGAAAGUUCGAACCCUAUGCAGGUUUAUUAAUGAAUUCACCCAAGGGACCACUAUUUUCAGAUGACUUUUCGUAAAAUGGUCCCAUGUUUCAUUCGUUCUUAUCAAGAUGCCAUACAUGAACUUAACAAGUCUAUUAAGCUGUCGAAUUACUUAACACCGUCAAAUCCAAAGCUUUUAAAAGAACAAAGGUAUGGGCUGUCCGCUGUUUAUUGCUCUGCUGUUGGAAUUGAAGAUCAGCAACUACGUGACUUACAUGUUAUACAUGUUACAGGGUCUAAAGGCAAAGGUUCAGUUUGUUCAAUGAUUGAAAACGUCUUACAGAAAUCCGGAUUUCGCACUGGGUUUUUAAGCUCUCCUCACCUCAUAAACGUUGAGGAAAGAAUACGGAUAAACGGACGGCCCAUAUCCCGUGAUCACUUUGCUAGUUUAUUUUGGGAUGUGCAUGGAACACUUCUUGAGUUUACAAAAACCUCAAUUAAUAUACCUAUGCCAUCAUUUCUUCAUUACAUUUUUGUGAUGGCUUGUAAAGCAUUUGUUGAUGAGAAAGUAGAUGUCGGGAUUUUCGAAGUUGGUAUUGGUGGACGUUAUGAUCAUACAAAUAUUUUCAAAGAUCCUUACGUAACUGUUGUCACAAGUUUGGCACUGGAGCAUACAAAUAUUUUAGGCAAUACCAUUGCUGAAAUAGCUUGGGCUAAAGCAGGGAUUUUUAAGACUGGUUCUAUAGCAUUAGUCAGUCAUGGGCAAUCAGAUGAAGCAAUGCAUAAAUUUGUUGAAGAAGCUGAACUUGUUAAAUGUCCAUUGUAUGUUGCACCUACGUUAGAUUCACUAUUGACUACAGAGAAUAUGACUGAGCCAUUUAAAGAUAUUUUUGACAAUAUGAAUAACAUACCUAAUAGUCAAUUAUUAAAUCUUGCUUUAAGUUUAACUACAAUAAAUUAUUGGUUUGCUAAAUUACAUGGAACUACUAAUAAUGAUAACGUUACAAAUAUUGGUUUACAGCCGACAUCUGAAUGGAAACCGAGUUCAACUGUUUUAUUUAAUGCGUUAUCCGCCCGAUGGCCUGGUCGAUGGCAAAUUGUAAUUCGAAAAAAUAUAACUUAUUAUCUGGAUGGUGCACAUACUGUAGAAAGUUUACAAUCUGCAAUAAAAUGGUUUCAGAAUGAGAGCUUUGCUUCGAAUAAUAGCAGACGUCCUAUACGAAUUAUUAUUUUCACUGUAAUUGGUCCACGAGAUCCUGAGCCAUUUUUAAAAUGUUUACAAUCUUCCUCAUUCGCAUUCGAUUUGGUUGUUUUUGCCAAUCCUCACGAUGGUCAAUUUGAAAUUCUUCCCAGUAAAGAGUCGCAUGAUGAAUUAUGCUUCAAUAUAUGGCGUCAACUCGAAUCGGAAUCGAACACCGGUAGUAAUUCUACAUCACAUUCAAUUGCUUCAAAGCAUGUCAAAUCUUUAUCUGCUUUUAUAAAGUGGAUGCAAAACUUGCAGCGUUUUUCUCUUCAGGCUUUGAAAUAUUUUCCGUGUGAAUAUAGUAAUUAUGAUGAAGCCGAUAAUACAACUUGCUGUGAUGUUUUUGUCACUGGCAGUCUAUAUAUGGUUGGUCGGAUAUUAAAGGAAAUAGAUGAACCUGUAUAAAGGAUACAAUUGAUAUUCUCAACUCAAAUUCUGUAGAUCUCCCAUCUGUAAAAUAAUGACGCGUUUCUAGAUUCCUGCAUGUUUAGUGAAAUUAUCAUUGGAAACUGUAAAUAUUAUGUACAUAGAUAAUCAUCCAUUUUUUAAAUUUUACAUACGUAUAUUUAAGAUGAUGUGAUCUGUUUCUGAUGAGUAACUACAAAUAAAACUUGAACACGGACAAGGAUAAUCAUCCCUUCCUAAUAUUCAGUUAAAGUACAAUGUCUAACAUUUUUCUUAUUUAGUAGGCGUGACACACAUUAAAGCAUUAUUUCCUACCGAGAAUUCCAUUUCAAAAAUCUAAAACUACGUAUGUCUUCUAUAAAUACGCUGCUGCAGCACAUCCCAACUUACCAGAUGAGGAAAGCAAACAAAGUGAUAGAGCUUUAAGUGGAAUCCUCAUUAAAGAUUAUGGCAUGAAGUGCAGCUUUCACUCACCAAGUAAAUGGAAAGGGUUAGAUAUUGGACACAGAGUGAACGUUGAAAGGGAGAUACUCAACAAAUUGGUGCAUGUUUGUCUUAUUCAUCAAGGCCCGAACUUGCUUUUGAGUCGUUACAUUUGCAUUUGAACAUGUAGCCAAGUAAAUAGUUUUAUAUUCAUCCCAUACUUACUGCUUUUAUUGCUACUAGUUUUUCACUAAACUUAAGUAAAUUUAAAACCUCUAUGGAAUAUUCGAAAACGAAGACUUCUUCACAGGACUUUAACAACCUCAUUACUAGAGUACAUUUAUAAGUCGAGGGUGCUACGAUUGAGCUAUAUGUCAGAUGGUGUGGUAGGGGACAUUUUUAUAUUGGUUGAAUAGGUUCAAGAUACAGUAUCUGUAAACACUUAAGGUUGCUUUAUAAAAGCCUAUAUUCUUACAGUAAGUUGUGGACAGUCGGCCAGUAGAGGCGUGGCAGAUCCUUGUCUACACGACCGUAGCCUUCAAGAAGAAAGAUCUAUGCACCUGGAAGAGUCACAUUCAGUUUCUCUAUCCAUUUUCGUUCAUAGUCCGGUCACCCCAUAUGGCGUUUUGUUAUGGACUUUCACUGUGAACCCCUUUAUGUAUCUCUACCUUGUUCUAUUCUGAGUCGCAUACUCAUCUUUCUUCAUUCACAUGUUCUUAUAAUCAUAAUAAUUCCUUUUAUAACAUUCUUGUAACGUGUUGUAUUAAUGUGACUUCGUUGUUAUGUUGAUCACCACAACAUAACACUUCUCGUAUGGUUUACUGUCCAUAUAAUUCACUUUUUCCCAGCUUGAUUAUAAUUUCC